AUGCAACUUCUGAAUGACCGACUGGCUACUUACCUAGAGAAGGUCCAUUCUCUGGAGGAAGAAAAUGCCCACUUGGAGAGAAAGAUCUGUGAGUGGUAUGAGAAAAAUGCACAUACCUCAUUACCUGAUUUCCAGCACUAUUAUCAGACCAUUGAGGAACUCCAACAUAAGAUUUUUGAAGCAUCUGUGGAAAAUGCCAAGAUUGUGCUCCAGAUAGACAAUGCAAGACUGGCUGCUGAUGACUUCAAAAACAAAUAUGAGAUAGAGGUCAGGCUGAGAAAUUUUGUUGAGACUGACUUGAAUGGAUUACGCAAAGUUCUUGAAGGUUUGAACAUAGAGAGAGGAGACCUGGAAAUGCAACUCGAGAAUUUACAGGAUAAAUUGCUUCAGAUGAAGAAGCACCAAGAGGAGGACGUAAUUUGCCUCCGCAAUCAAUUGGGUGCCAGGAUCAAUGUGCAAGUAGAUGCUGCCCCAUCUGUGGAUCUCAACCGGGUCUUGUGUGAAGUUAGAGAGCAAUACGAAAACCUGAUGGAUAGGAAUCUCAAAGAAGUUGAGAGCAUGUUUAUUGCUCGGAGUGAGGAACUGAACAACCAGGUGGCAUCUGGAUCUGAGCAACUUCAAUCAGUCCAAACGGAAGUUAUUGACUUAAAGCGAUGUAUGCAGACCCUGGAGAUUGAGCUGCAGACUCAGCUAAGCAUGAAAUCUGCUCUUGAGUGCACCUUGGCCGAGACAGAAGCUUCUUUCAGCUCCCAACUUUCCCAUCUACAAAUCCUUAUUGACAAUGUAGAAGAACAGUUGUCACAGAUCCGAUCAGAUCUAGAGCGCCAGAUCCAUGAGUACAAGAUUCUCAUGGAUCAAACAACCCACCUGGAGAUGGAGAUCACUACAUACAAGCGAUUGCUUGAAGGGCAGGACAUGCACAUUCCUGAACAUCGCCAUCAUGACAAGGCCAGCAAGGAAAGUAAGUAUGACAGUCAUAAUUAUCUCACAUCAUCCCAAAGCAACUCAUCAGUUCCCAUGAAUCUGAUCAUGGAAAAGGAGGUCAGCAAAGCAAGGAACACGGUCAAAAAAACAAGUGAUUCACUUAAACAUGAUAACUCAGAAACCAGUGAAGAAUCUGACUAUAAGUUAGUUAUCAUUGAUUGGGAGAAUAUGGGCUUCACUGUCCCAGGCCAAAACUUUAGUAUUGAUAUUGACAAGGCCUUUAGUUCUUUUAAUAUCUAUAAUAUUGUGUAA